AUGGAACGAUAUAUAAUAAGACACCCCCAAGGUUGUGCGAGAGCGGGGGAGGAUGAGCAACCUACAGGAUUGGUAACACCGGAAACAACACAGGAACGAACAACGACUACGAAUUUGAACAACGGAAAUGUAUGCAUCUGUGGGAAAGUUUGCAAGAACCAACGAGGUCUGAAGAUACAUAUGGGAAAGAUGAAACGCAAGCCAAAUCAGAGCAUAACACAACGCACAGGGCAACCUGGUGAGACGGAGGAGGAGGUGGUUCAGGAUACAAACCACAGCGACCACAGCCUCCAUGUGUUGUACAAUGAGGCGGACAGCAUGGUAGAGGGGAAUCAACAGGAAAAGGAGGGCUUAGACAACAACAGACAGCCACAAGAGCCAAAAAGAACACCAAACACAAGUCAGAACAUAAGAAGAAAGAAAGUAAAAUGGCCCAACAAUAAAAAUAAAAGUGAAUGGCAACAGUUUGAUGAGGAUGUGGAUGCAAUUUUGAACACAAAAUUGGCAGGUAACAUAGACAGGAAGAUAGAAUCAAUGACAUCAUUUAUUUACAACAUAGGUAUGGACAGAUUUGGUGCAGAUGAGAAAGAGGUGGUGAGGCGAGAGGGUCAAAAGAACAGAAGAGAAUCCAAAAUAGCAAAGAUGAGGAAAGACCUAAGGCAACUUAAGAAAAGAUAUAAUCAGGAAUCAGAGGAUGAAAAAACAGCAUUAUCUGAGCUGAGGGACACCAUCAUGAAGAAACUCAAGAUCACAAGGAGAGCAGAGAGAACUAGGAAAAGGAGGAAAAAGAGAGAGAAAGCAAGAGCUCAAUUUACAUCAGAUCCUUUCCAAUUUACAUCAAGAUUGUUGGGGAAGAAAGGAUCAGGACAACUAAAAGCUAGUAAAGAGGAAGUAGAAGAAUAUUUAAGAGGAAUGCACAGUGAUCCAAAAAGGGAAGACGAACUCCCAGAUAUAGAACAACUUAUACGCCCGGAGGAUCCAGAGCAGGUUUUUGAUGAAUCACCACCAAAGUUGAAAGAGGUAGUAGAUGUUAUCAAGAAAGGAAGGGCAGCAUCAGCACCAGGUCCAAAUGGAGUACCAUAUAAGGUAUACAAGAACUGUCAGAGAAUUACAAGACGUCUAUGGAAGUUAAUAAGAGUCAUCUGGAGAAGAGGUCGACUAGCAGAGAGUUGGCACAAGGCAGAAGAAGGAAAGAUAUUUCUUGCUAUUCUUGCUAAAAGGAUGACAAACUACAUGCUGAGCAACGAGUACAUUGACAUUGCAGUACAGAAAGGAGGGGUACCAGGUGUAUCAGGCUGCAUUGAACAAACAAGCGUAUUAUCACAGAUAAUCAGAGAAGCGAAAGAUUCAAAGGGAGAGCUCGCAGUUGUCUGGCUGGAUUUAGCGAAUGCAUAUGGGACAGUACCACACAAGUUAGUUGAGUUGAUGCUGGAGAGAUACCAUGUACCUGACGGUGUAAGAGAGCUGAUAAAAGAGUACUUCAACCAUCUGCAGCUGAGAUUUACCGUUGGGGAUUUUACAACAUCAUGGCAACGUUUAGAAGUGGGAAUAGUGACAGGAUGCACGAUAUCUGUCAUUCUUUUCUCCGCAGCAAUGAAUAUGAUUGUGAAGUCAGUAGAGAAGAAGAGCAGAGGUCCAUGGAUGAAGUCAGGAGUACGGCAACCACCAGGAAGGGCAUUCAUGGAUGAUAUGACAAUAAGCACAAAGACAGUUAUCGAAGCCAGGUGGACACUACAAGAGCUUAAUAAGAUGAUCACCUGGGCAAGAAUGAAAGUGAAGCCUAGCAAAUCCAGAAGUUUGGUAGUGAAGAAUGGUAAAGUCAAGGAGGAAAGGUUUAAAAUAGGAGACGAAAUAAUACCAACAGUCUCAGAGAAGCCAGUUAAGUGUCUCGGAAAAUGGUUCAACAACACCUUGUCAGAUAAGUUGAAUGUGGAAGAUACAUAUAAGCCGUUGGACGACUGGUUAAAGGCAGUAGAUAAGAGUGGACUACCAGGAAAGUACAAGGCAUGGAUUUACCAGCAUGGGAUAUUGCCUCGGCUGCUGUGGCCACUUCUUGUUUAUGAUGUACCAAUGACAACGGUAGAGGGAAUGGAAAGAAUAUCAAACAGUUACUUACGUAGAUGGCUUGGAGUACCACGCAGUUUCAGCAGUGUGGGCCUAUACAGUUUAGGAACCAAGUUACAGCUACCACUGAAGUCAAUCACUGAGGAAUUCAAGGUGACCAAGGUUAGACAACAUCUGACGUUAAAAAACAGCAGGGAUGAGAAAGUACGAUCAGCAAAAGUAGAAAUAAGAACUGGAAGAAAGAAGACGAUAGAAUAUGCUGAGUCACGAUUAAAACACAGUGAGAUAGUGGGCAGAGUUGCAGUUGGAAGACAGGGGCUGGAUGUUACACCUACAGCAAAAUGGAGAACAGCAACAGUGGAAGAAAAAAGACAUCUGGUACAGAAAGAGGUACGAUCAAUGGAAGAAGAAAGUAGAAUGGUAAAGGCAGUGAGUAUGAAGAAGCAGGGAAGCUGGUUAAACUGGGAGGGAGCAAGACAGCAGAAGUUAGGAUGGAAUGAGAUCUGGAAGAUGGAGCCACAUAGGUUGCAAUUUAAGCUGAAGUCCGUAUAUGAUGUAUUUCCAAACCCAACAAAUCUAGCAACAUGGGGAUUGAUAGACGACCCAAAGUGUGUUCUUUGUGGUAAGCCAGCAAACUUAGAGCACAUAUUAUCAUCAUGCUCGAGUGCUUUGAAAGUCGGGAGGUAUACAUGGCGACACGACAAGGUAUUAGGGACACUAGCAGACACCCUAGAGAGAAACAUCAGGAAGCCAAGGAAAAACAAGGAAGGACUUACUUUUGUCAAUUUUGUUAAGGAAGGAGAGAAAGGUCAGAAGAAGAAGGUGGAAGGAAGUGGUUUAUUGGUAACAGCAACUGAUUGGCAAAUGUUGGUAGAUCUUAAACAGAAGUUACAAUUCCCGCCACAGAUUGCAGUAACAAACCAGAGACCUGACAUCGUCAUUUGGUCCGGCCGCCUCAACAAAACAGGCAAUCCUGCUGGAACUAACUGUACCAUGGGAAGAAAGAAUAGAAGAUGCCUACGAAAGAAAGAGACUGAAGUACCAAGAUCUACUUGCAGAAUGUAG